AUGAAGUGUCUUUUGGGAGUUAUCGCUUUGGUGGCUGUUGCCAUGGCUGCUGAAGAAGGGCCAAAGGUUACCGAUAAGGUCUAUUUCGAUAUUGAAAUUGGAGGAAAACCAAUUGGACGUAUUGUUAUUGGAGUUUUCGGAAAGACUGUCCCAAAGACCGCCACUAACUUCGUCGAACUUGCCAAGAAACCAAAGGUAAUUUCAAGACCAAAUAGGCGAAGCCUGAACACUCAACUGAAAAUAAAGUUAUAUUUUUCAGGGAGAAGGAUAUGUUGGAAGCAAAUUCCACCGUGUCAUCGAAGACUUCAUGAUUCAAGGAGGAGAUUUCACCCGCGGAGAUGGAACCGGAGGUCGUUCAAUCUAUGGAGAGAAAUUCGCCGAUGAGAACUUCACCUUGAAGCACUACGGAGCUGGAUGGUUGUCAAUGGCUAAUGCUGGACCAGACACCAAUGGAUCACAAUUCUUCAUCACAACUGUCAAAACCACCUGGUUGGAUGGACGCCACGUUGUUUUCGGAAAAGUUUUGGAAGGAAUGGAUGUUGUCAAGAAGAUUGAAAAAGACCGAAAAACGACCAGGAGACAGACCAUCUCAAGAUGUUGUUAUUGCUGCCGCUGGAACUCUUCCAGUUGAUGCUCCAUUCGUCGUCUCGAAAGAAGGAGUCAACUAA